AGUGAAGCAACACCAAGGAUAGCAGGGAGUAAAGGCUCGCACUUGACUGGUGUUGGUGAUGGAGAGCUUCAGUUUUGAAUGAUAUUGAAGGAACAUUAACGCUUUCAUCUGAAGGCUAGGUUUAAGGCGGGUUCACUCAUGGCAGUUUUCGCCGCUUGAAGCUUACAAUGAGCACUCCCAGCAGGAAUACGUUCGUUAUAGUGUGUGGGAAGUAGCGGCUGGCGUGACAUAAAGUUUAAGAGAUAGAAAAGUAAUCCAGGCUUUGCACUUGCUUGGAAAAUGGCCUAACAACAAGACUCCAGAACCUGGUUUUCAUACUCACAGGUUCCUUAAUCAGCAAGUUAUAUUAUCUUAAGAAGGACAACUUCUGAAAAUGAACAGAAGAGCCUUACCUGUGUUCAGACUGCUUAUCCGAAAUAUAUCCUCAAAGAAACCUAAGCCCAAGUUUGAUUUUGAAGCUGAUGUUGAUGUAGUGAAGAGUUUGCUAGAUGGCUCCUGUAAGGCCCGGCGGCACCCCGGCACACUGGACGUCAGGACUGUGUCUCUCCCUGAACCGCUCAAGGAGGCAGCGCAUGCUGUUAUACAAGAUUACCCAGAGAAGAAUGUACAAAAAGAUGCAAAGGUUCUGAAUCAGUACCUGUGUUCCCGCCAGGCUGCUCUGGAACCUGAGGAGGCAAAGAUGAGGUACCAUGAAGUGAGAGAGAAAAUCAAAAUGGAAGACGACAUUGACCCAGACUUUCCCAAUAUACCGGAAGAGGAGAGGCAGCGGUUGCAUGAUUCCUUGCGCUCCAAGGUUUAUGAAAGAAUGAAGAAGGAGGUCUAUCACUGGCAGGCCAUCCAGUAUGAUACAUACAAAUGUGUUCUGUACCUCGCUGCACGGCUGGCUCCAGACUUUGCAGCGCUGGUCCAGAUAAUGAGUGACAUGAAGAAAAGAGACCCAGGCUUUACACCACUCACCAUGCUGGAUUUUGGCUCUGGGGUUGGGUCAGGCAUGUGGGCAAUGGACCAUGUAUGGCCGCACACCUGCCGGGAGGUGGUUUGUGUGGACAGCAGCUCAGACAUGAAUGACCUGGCUGACAGGCUAUUGCGAGGAGGUAAUGCUGACAAGCCCCGUCUGGUGCGAGAAGGUGGGACUUUCUUCAAGCAGUUCUUGCCUCUUUCCAACUUACUCAAGUAUGAUUUGGUGAUUUCUUCUCGUUCACUAUUUGAAAUCCCAAACAUAAACAUGAGACUCAAAACUAUAGAUGUGUUAUGGCAGAAAACUUCAGGCUAUUUGGUGUUAGUUGAGACGGGAUCAAACGAAGGCUACAGGUUAGUGCAAGAAGCUCGAGAUUACUUGCUAGAAUUAAGUAGAAAAGCUCAGGAAGAGGGGGAGCCAAAUCCCGAGGGUUAUGUCUUUGCGCCGUGUCCACACGAUAACUUUUGCCCAAGGUUUUUUGACGGUAGUAAUAUCCCUUGUAAUUUUGAGGUAGAUUACAAACCACUUGCUCUUGGGAGGAAACAAAGUGCUCAACGAGAAAAAUUCACCUAUGUAGUAUUGAAACGUGGGAUGCGGGAAAAAUCAUCUGAAAAGCAAUGGCCUAGGUUGGUGGAAGACCCACUGUGCCGUAAAAAGCACGUGGUGUGCCGAGUGUGUACUCCCUCUGGCACCCUGAGAGAAGUGACAGCAACCAAACGCAGGCACAGUGCCGAAUGCUACAAGCUUAUGAGGCAUUCUAGAUGGGGAGACUUGGUGCCAGUACAGCUCUCUGAAGUGCCUGACCCUAGUAAUGUUGAUACUCAGGAUGGUGAUGAACUAAGUGAACCAGAGCAGAUUCAAAACUGAAACCGUAUUUAGUAAUUUAGUUGCUGUAUAUAUUUAAAAUGUGAUAUGUCAUAUACAGAUGCCUCCCUGCUUGAUGAAGCAGCCUUCCUAUAGUUAUUUUUACUACAUAAAGCAACAUGUCAAUUUAAGGAAUAAUAUUAGGUAAAUAUCAUUGGCUAGAGGUUGUGUGUCAUUUAAGCCACAUUUUUCUCAACCCCACUCUUGUGUCUGCCUCUCCAUCCCCACUCCCUCCUUGUUUCAAUUCUCACCCUACCCUUUUUUGCCUCUACAAAGCCAGGUGUGGGCAAACAUCAGCCCUUGCAGCCCGACAAGUGUUAAUAAAUUUGAAAGGAAAAAUAGCAAACGCCGAAUAAUAUUGAGCAUUUUGUUUUCUUCCCACGGGUGUCCUUGUGUGUGGAACACUGGCUUUCUUUUAAAAGCCUUUUAUAUGUUGAGUAUUUUGAGUUAAUAGUAUUGUGGUCGUAUAAGAUUACAAUUUUUUUAAUGUGACCCUUGCAUUAAAAUGUUUGCCCACCCCUGAUCUAAGCCCCUUUGAUCAUUUUGUAAUUUUGUAUGUUCAGCUUUAUUGCUAUAAAAAUCAGACAAACAAGACUGACUUGUGGACAUGCAGAAGUGUUUAAUGAAACAAUAUCCUAAAAAAUCUAUAACUUUAUUUUUUUGUAUUCAAAGGAGUACUUGUAUCCACAUCAUCACUUUACAUGGAAAGCUUUUCCAUAAUGAGGAAAGAAGGUGCUUUGCACCACUGACAAGAGUGACCUGAAGGGUUCAGAGGAAUUAGAAGGGAAGUACAAUGACACUUAAAGCCGUGAAAUGACACUUGGAAGUUAGGUCAGUGCAUACCACCAGCAUGACCUGACCUCUCACACUUGGAAUGCUGCAUAUAUUAAUGAAAUGGAAUGUAAUAAUGACCAGCAGAAUUGACAUAAGUAUGUGAAAACAAUGUAUGUAGUUACUAGGUGAAAUUUGUUAUACAUACUUUCUUGACAAGAUGUGUCACAAGUUGCCUGGAGGUUUACAGAUGAUAUCUUUGUGUAUAGGUAGGUGUGUUGAAAGGUGCAAUUCAUAUUUACCAAUUCAUGUUAUAAAUAUUCUCUUUAAUAUGUAAAAUAACCAAAAUAUUUAAAUUCCAACUAUUUA